GAUGUUUUAAGUCAACAGUUAUGCAGUUGAUGUAUGUGAAAUUUAUAACAAUUUCUAUAUAAUUUGAAAUAUUUGUGUACCAGCAAGAGUUACCUCUCUUUAUUUUCUGCUUUCGUGAAAAUUGGCGCCGCCUAUUAAUUUUCGUCUAUUUCCGUGAUAAUUACAUAUAUGGAAGUUGCAAAAUCGUUUACAAAUGAUAAUCGCGUUAGAAUGUAAAAGGAAAGUGUGGUGUUGUAAACCUGAGUGUGUCAAGUUGAUGCAGAUACAUUCUCAACGUCAUGAUUCUCAUUUCUUUAUAUUUGGUAUUGAUUGUCCGUAGACAUUUUUGAAUUAAUGAUUUGCUGCAUCAAAAAGCAAUACUUUGCUACAAACAUUAUAUUCUACAUGUUAACAUGCAAGUCUAUUUCUUAACUGUAGACAUUAUGGCAGCAGAAUCUUCAGAAGUCUCGACUGUGGAACAAAUAAUAGCUGAUAUUGGCGGAUGUGGUCGUUUUCAGUUAAAAAUGGGCAUAACAGUUCAUGCAUCGAAAUUUCUGAUUAUCUUUAGUACUAUGAGUAUGAUAUUUAUUGCGGCUACUCCACAAUGGUGGUGUGUUAGUGACGUCACACCUUCUAAUAUGACGUCAUGUAUCCUUGGCAGAAAUAACACCUUGUACUGUCAUGAAAAGAAAUGCGAUGUAAACGGAACUAAAUGCAACAGUUUUGUAUUCAGUGGGAGAGAAAGGACCAUGGUUACAGAGUUCGAGCUUUUAUGUGGGCUAGACUAUAUACCUAGCAUGGUCAUGUCGAUGCAGACAUUUGGCAUGCUUGCCGGUGCUCUUGCUGCCGGGCAACUUUCGGAUCUUUUUGGAAGGAAACGACCUUAUUUUGCUGGCCUCCUAUGUCUAAUGAUCUUCAAUUUGAUAGCUUAUUUCUCUGUGAACUGGAUUAUGUUUGCAAUAGCUAGACUCUUCAUAGGGAUAGGCUCUGGAAUGUUUCAAUCAAUACAUUAUUGCUUUAUGUCUGAGUUCACGCUUGCUAGAUGGCGUGUAUGGGUUACAGGAUUUCCAAGUUGGCCUAUUUCGUCAUGCUGUUUUGCAUUGUGUGCAUGGCUGAUACAGGAUUGGCGGUAUAUUCAACUACUAUGCUGCCUCCUUGUUCUACCUUGCCUUCUGACUUGGUUUAUUUUACCAGAAAGUUUUCGAUGGUAUAAAGCUCAAGAUCGUAUUGACGAUGCAUCAAAGAUUAUAGAAGGUGUUUCUAAGGUCAACAAGCGCCCUGUACCGGACAUUUCCAAUCUUGUUGCGAACAAGAAUGCAACUCGGAAAGAAAAGAAGUACACUUUUAUUCAUCUGUUUAAGACAAAAGAACUAGCAAAAACAACACUAUUACUGUCUAUUAACUGGUUUGUAUGGUUUUACAUUUUUUAGUUACAUGAAACGGACUAUAAAUUUAUUAAUUAAGUGCCUUUUAUUUCAUUCAUCGUUUCAAUGUUAAAAUUGUUCUACCUGCAACAAAAGUGAUCUCGAUCUAUAUUGUUGCAUGUCUGUAAUUAUAUAUUUAUCGUCAAAAUUAUCGUUUUGGGUUUUACCAGGAGCCUCUCUUCUGUCUUGCCUUGCAUUAAUCUAAAAGUAUAUGAAGAUGCAAACUUCGGUUACCUCAAAGUAUUGGGCAAGUAUUAUAC